GACUCGAGGCAUCCGGGCAGGAGAGGGAGCAAUGCCGCCGGUCGUUCCAUGCCUCCGCGCCGGCGUGCUGGGGAGGCGUCGAGGAGCGGCGCUGCCGAUCACGGCCGCGGCCGCCGCCGCGCGUGGACCGCCACGGUCGGGAGUGUGGGCUGGGCCGAGAAGAUGGCCCACAAGCCCAUCUCGUGCCCAAAGCCCGCUACGGCGGUACCUUGAAAUACCCCGCCUUGGCGCCCGAGCGCAACCGCCUCAACCAACAGCGCGCGCCUCUCCUCUUCUCCCCGUCGCCAGAGCGCCGCCGACAAGAAACCAAGAACCCACCAUCCCCGCCUCCUCCGCUAUCCAGCGAUCCAGCGCCGGCGGCGACAGAUGGACCAGUUCCACGACAGGCAGCACGUGCGGCUGCGGAGCCGCGUGCUCGGCACGUACCUGCACGCCGACCACGACGGGGAGCGGGUCUCCCUCAGCCGGCGCCGUGACUCGCUGAACACGGCGUGGGUGGCGCACAUCCACCAACGCGCCGACGGCCCGUACCUGCUCCUCCACAGCGCCGCCUACGGCCGCUACCUCGGCACCACGUUCAAGCCGGCGCCGCUCGGCCACCACGGCUGCCGCACCGAGCAGCGCGACUACAACGACGAGCCGGACCUGAUGUCCGUCAUGUGGAAGGCCGCCGGGGCGGGCUUCGAUGACGUCGUCCUUCUCCGCAACGUCGCCGGCCGCUACCUCCGCGCCAACGGGAGGUACCUCCCCUGGAACACCGGCGUCACCGUCGACAACAUAGGCAACAUCAGCGCCAUGAUGUACUGGACCGUCGAGGACAUCCCCGCCAGAGAGGGUCCGCCUGGCCUCCCAGGCCCGAUCCACACCCCCAGCCCCGGAUACCACUCCCUCAUGCUCUGGCGCAACCCGGUGGUGUCACGGCUGAUCCGGUUCAUGCUGUCCGAUCCCCACGGUCCCAUCUACACCCAGCACUGCUGGACCACGCUGCGGUUCAGGGGGAGGUCCGUGUUCCACCUGAGGGACGAGCGGGCCACCGGGGGCGUCUGA